AUGGCUGUCCGACCAAUCGCCCGAUCACCUCUGCUCCUCUUGACCCUCAGCAUAUGCCUAGCUUUACCUGCUCUUGCCAUCUCAACCCACAUCCUCUCCGUCUUUCGCGCAGAACACGCAUCAAACCCAUGGUGGCUACCCAUCUGGCACGCCCACUUCAAUACUCAUGGUCUUAUUGCUAUCAUCACAACUUGCUGUCUGAUGUUCGCCGUCGACAUUAUAUCUAUCGGUUUGGUUGUGGCUGGGAACAAGACUGGUGGGAAGAGUAAGAUGAUCAAGUGGACGAGAGUGGCAUGUAUGGCAAUAGCUACGGUGGCAGCACUCAUUGCGAUGAUCAUGCCCGCUGUUGCGAAUGCUAAAGCACCUAGCAAAUCUGACACGAUUCAGACAUGGACAUGUCAUUGGAAAGGCGCUGUGGGUGCACCUCAAAACUUUGGACCGCUGUGUCGGGAAAGUCAAUUCUCGUCCUAUGCUGCCAUUCCACUGUUCAUCAUCCACCUUCUACUGUUGAUUCAAAGUAUCCAGGAUGCUGUUGCUGUACCACAGCCGGAGCCGACGUACGAUGAGGAGUUGGUCAUCAUCACCAAAAGUGUCGAUGUCGCUACCACCGGCUCGAACGACAGUCCGCGGAUCAAGUAA